AUGUACACCCUUGCCCUCCUAUCCUUGCUGCUCGUGACCUUUGUCAUCUACACGCGAUACAAGAAUAAGCCGCCGCCCGGCACAAAAGCCGCACCUGGACCUACCGGCCUUCCAAUUCUCGGAAAUGCACAUCAACUCGGCCAGCAACCGCACCAGCAAAUCACAUCAUGGGCUCGCGAGUAUGGCGAAGUAUAUAGGAUCCGACUGGGCUGGAAUGAUUGGUACAUGAUAUGCUCGCCUGAUGCGUGCAAGGAGAUUCUCGACAAACAGUCUGCAUCCACUAGCUCACGAGCACCACUACCUGUAUCUGGAGAUGCACUCAGCGGGGGAAUGAGAUUCUUGUUCAUGGAGUAUGGACCUGAAUGGCGAAAGUUAAGAAGCAUUAGCCACAAACUGCUGACUCCAGCUGUGAGCGCUACUUUCAAGCCAAGUCAGGAAUUCGAAGCAAAGAUGCUGCUUGAGGAGAUUUUGCACGGAGCAGAUACAGAGAAGGGAAAUGGAGUCAGUUACAAAGCGAUCAGAAGAUAUACCGUUAGUGUCAUCAUGACAAGUACUUAUGGAAGACGCAUACCAGAUUGGGAUUGCGACGAAGUCCAUGGCAUUUAUGAUAUCAUGAACGAUUUCUCUCUCAUGGCAAAGCCAGGCACUUACCUUGCUGACACACUUCCUUUCCUCGGAAAACUUCCUCCAAAACUGCAGUGGUGGCGCAAAGAUGUUAAACCAUACUUUGAAAAGCAAGCUAAACUCUGGAUGUCAUUUUGGAGCACCUUGAAAACGCAAAUGGAAACCAAACAAGCUCCCGAAUGCUUCGUCAAACAGUUCAUCGAAAGCGACUACGAAAAACAGGGUAUCAGUGAGCUGCAGGCAGCGUUUCUGGCAGGUAGUAUGAUUGAAGCAGGAAGUGAAACAACGUCUGCAGCACUAAACACAGCGAUUCUUUACCUCUCUGCAAACCCACAUGCCAGGCAAAGGGCCUUUGAGGAGAUACAGAAAAUCGCAUCAUCUACUCGAUCUCCAACCUUUGAUGACGAGGCCGAGUUGCCCUAUGUCCGUGCCAUCGUCAAAGAAACACUGCGUCUACGUCCCGUCACCAACAUUGGUACACCGCAUUACACCACCGCGCCCGUCACCUACAAAGGUAUCCACAUCCCCGCACAGUCAGUCGUAUGUCUCCAACAGUACCCCAUUCAUUACGAUCCCAACCUCUUCAACGAACCCCAGCGCUUCUAUCCAGAAAGAUAUCUCAACCACCCGCACGGAUCAGGCCACUACGCUGCCGGGCCUGCAGCAAGCCGUGACCACUGGGCUUUUGGCGCAGGCCGCCGAAUCUGCUCUGGUGUGCAUCUCGCAGAGAAUAGCAUUUUUAUUGUUCUCGCAAAGUUGCUCUGGGCUUUUGAUAUUUUGCCGCCGCUUGAUGGCUCGGGAAAGGAAAUCGAGGUUGAUACUAGUGAUGAGGCUUUUGAUGCAGUUGGGAGUACGACGAUGGCGAAGCCGUAUAGCGUGAGGUGGAAGGUGAGAUCUGAAGAGAUUAGUGAGACUUUAUUGCGAGAGGCGGCUGAGGCGAGGAGGGAUGGGUAUGUGCUUAGAGGGGUACGUGUGGGUGAAGAGGGUGUUGAGGUUUGA